UUGUUAAUUCCUUCAGGAGAUUGGACAAAAGUAACUACUACUGACUGCGGUUGUGAUUUCUUUGAGUACAGUAAUACAGAUGUACGAUGGCUUAGUUGCGAUCGCAGUAUUGAGGUAUAUUACUAUGGUAUUGCUGGGAUAACGGUGGUAUUAUUAGCAAAUGGUAGAAGUAUUCGUUACUUCAAUGACGGACAGAUAGAAAUUUAUCGCUUGUCUGGAGAAAUUUCUCGUUUCAAUUCCGCAACAAGUCAGAGAUGCGAAACCAUGUUGGGUGAGGAUGGGUCCAGAUUUGUGGAAAUGUAUAUUCGAUUGUACUGGUUAUUGUGUGUUGUUGGAAGGCGAGAGCCGUAG